AUGAUCGAUCAAUCUAUUUUCGAAAACUUGCAGCUCAAAAUUGACGAGGAAAGCAAGAUUCGUGAUGAGCUCCAAGACAUUGUACAGGCGCUUGCUCGACGCGGCAGAAACACACAAGCGGUACUCUCACGAGCCCACUACACCCCGGAGGCCAAAUUGAGUCCGGUCCUUGAUGAGGGGUCGAAAGAAAUCAAAGCCCAGAAGGAAGAUGUUGCCAGACUUAUCGCUAUCGCUUCGAAGCAUCCGUUCUACAAGUUCAACCAUAUGUGGAGUCGCGAGUUGCAAAAUUUGGUGUUUUCCAUCCUAUUUUGCUCGUGGCUUGGGGGUUUGAAAGAUGUUCAAGAGGGCGAAAGGGGCUUUUUGACCAUUGAAGAGGUCGGGAAGUUUCUAGAGAUGCCUGUGAACCUCAAAGAUCAAGAUGCCUUUCAUCUGACGAUCGAGGAGUACCUGCUCGCAUUGAUAAAUCUCGUUGAGGAGUUGACUCGUCUCGCCGUCAACUCCGUCACCUUGGGCGAUUACUCUCGUCCUCUUAAGAUCAGCGCUUUUGUUUCCGAAAUCCUCGCCGGCUUCCAGCUUCUUAACCUUAAGAAUGAUAUUCUCCGUAAAAAGAGUGAUGGAAUCAAAUAUAGCGUAUGCUCCCAAGCCUACCACGUCAAGAAAAUUGAGGAUGUUGUUUAUGAUUUGUCGCUGCGGAACCUGAUACCAAAAACUAGCGAGUCGUCUUAG